UAAUCUCAGUGGUUUUGCAAGCCUCCUUUCCCAGACAGCUCAUUACAAAGAAAUCAUUCAUGUCUUUUAAUUCAGAAGCAGCUGUUUUCACAUGUAAUCUGCAAUGUUUUACAACCUUCCUUUGCCAGAAACAGCUCAUUACAGGCGAACAAUUCGGUGUAAUAAUAAUACAAAUUAAUAAUACAAUGUAAUGUAGAACUCUUGAGCAAACUAGUGGAGGUCAGCUUUUCCUACCUGAUACAAGCACUAAAACACCUAUUUAGCUCUAUCCCUGCGGUACUAAACUGUAUUCACGUACUUGUUUGGUACACGGAGGAGAAAGUGCUGUCGGACCUAUUAUUCAGCUUCCAGUUCUCGUGUAUUUGAUACUUAGUGGGUAUGUGUGACUAUUAGAAGAGACAUCAUGUUGCCUGCCUUCUGGAUACUUGUGAGGACGUAUGCACCAUAUGUUACUUUUCCAGUGGCGUUUGUUGUCGGAGUAGUUGGCUACAACAUGGAAUGGUUUAUUCGGGGGAAGCCACAGGAGACCAAGGAAGAACAGAGCAUUUCUGAGCAGCGAGAGGAGAGAAAGUUGCAGGAGAUCACUGGUAAAGAUCCAACUGAGUUUGUGAGCCUAAAAGACAAAUUGGAGUUUACUCCACGUGCCGUACUGAACAGAAAUAGACCUGAGAAGAAAUGGGACUGAUCGAAAUGUUUUCCACUGUUACAAUAACUGCACUUAAGAUAAAUGUCUUGUGAUUAGGUGCAGCUUUAGAAACCCUUAACAAAAGCCAUGAAUUUUGGUAUCUAAAAGCGCCUUUAUUCGCCAUUUAAUCGGUAUUGGACAACCAGGCAUUGCAUUUCAGUGUAUGCUGGAUCACUUCAGAUUCAUUCUUAAUCCUUAGAUGUUUCAGUAUACGAUGGUCGUUAUGUAAAACAUUGGUUGUAGCUCCCAGAGUGAUGGAAUAGCCUUUACAUACUAAGGAUAUGCCUGUAAGGAAUUUUAAGGAGGAGUGAUUUUUUUUCCCCCAAAGUGCUGCUUAAUGCCAUUUGUCUAGAGAAUAUUGGUGUGUGUGUGUGUGUGUGUGUGUGUGUGUGUGUGUGUGUGUGUGUGUGUGUGUGUGUGUGUGUGUGUGUGUGUGUGUGUGAGUGAUGGGACAUGACCAGACAAGGUCAACCCCCCCCCGCCCCCAUAAAGAUGGAUUACUUUCAGUUUCCACUUUCCUUUCCACUAAAUUCUGUGUGCAAGUCCGUGUUUUGUGUACAUGUCAUAUACUUGAAUUUUGUAAUAUUGCACAACUCAUUAAGCAUGUCAAACAUCCAUUAGUGGUCAUAACAUUUUGGAAUCUGUUUUAAAACCUGUGUUUAUCCCCAAAAAGACUCUAAAGUUUAUUGCCAAACUAAGAUGUUUGGACUUACUGGUGUGCAUUUGGUGAUAAAGUACACAUUCAGAAACUUGCAAUUCCAAUACUGCUUUGUGUAUGCAAACAAAUAUAGGCAAGACUGGAGCAUUAAUAUUAAUUGAAAAUCAUGGAACAGACCCAUUUGGUUUAUUUCAUCAGGAAUUCUAAAUGUUCUCAUUAGUUCUGUGUUACUCUUAAGAAUAUUAUCUUCAGUCACAUUUAACAACACUAUUUUGAAAACAUGAAAGAGGGAAGUAUUGGGAAGUUCUCAAAAACUCAUGAUCUGUAGAAGCAAAAGUAUCAGUCAGAUGUUAUAAUUAAAAUGAAAUUUUCUUGUUUUAGUUUUGACGUAAACUAUAUCUGUACCCUCUAACAAGUUUAAUCUCCUCCCACCUUCUGAAGUGAAUCUGUAUUUGAAAGACUUUAUUACAGCAUGGUGCUUUAUGUGCAAGAAAACAGUCUCUCACAUUCCCCGUCUUAAGAUUUGUUUUGAGAAAUACUGGACUGUGCUUGUUUUAUGAUUUGUAUUGCAGUUGCAGAUUAGUUUCAAGUUUUUAUGCCAACUUAGCAUUUUGUGCACUGCAAAAUAAUGUCUUUAAAGUCUCAUAACUGCUGAAUGGGGCUUUGAAAUAGCCAUUUUCCACAGUGAUGAUAUUCUUUUAAGGUGCUUUACAUAUAAAUGUAUUACUUUUUGUUCUUUUGUUUUUCUGUCCAGAUAAUGGAAACCAUAUAUAUCACACACACACAGCGUGAAGACUAAAGUUCCAUUUUUGUUGCAUCUACCUUUUUAAACAUCUUUGGUUUCUCCUCCAGAGUAGUAUGCUUAAACACUGAAGCAAGUACCACAGUAUUUCAGAUGUGCAAAUUGUUGUGUCUACCACGUAUUUCAGACGUCUAUUUAUGAAAAAAAAUUGCAAUUGCCAUCAGCUGUUACAGCCAGCAAUAGUCUCUCUGUAUGGGUUAUUUAACACUAGUCUUUGUGCCAUGUUUACCUGUAUUUCCAUGUUCAGCACCACUGCUGGGUCUGGUUUCAUGCUGUUGCAAACAGGCUUGAAAUGACAAGAUUGCCAGGCAAUGUCAUUUUUGGCACUUGUGGCUUUGAAUGACAUGUGAAUAGUCUAGUAGUAAAUGUGCAAUACGUUUCCUAUCCAAAAGGACUCCGAGUAGACAUGUUCACAUUUAGCUCCAUCCUUGGUGUUCAGUACUUCUAACAUCAUAGACUAAGCACAGUAAAAUGUAUUUGUCAUGUCCAUACAAUCAAACAAGGGAAAAAUGUAUCCUCAUCAUUGUCAUUAACCCCCCCCCCCUUUUUUUCCCCAAUUUCCUGCUUGGAGAUGGGGUGUAGCAUUAGCUGUCACUCUGUUUCUCAAUUAAAUGCCACUUAACUUCUUUUGUAGGUCUUCUCUCAUGCAAUCCAUCAAUCCAUCCCUUUUCCUCUUGCUUUCUUCCUGUCUCUCCCAUAUCAUCUUCACCAAAAUAAGAAAAAGAAAAAUUGUGUGCGUGUGUUUGUGAUAUAUGGAAAUAAAAAGGCACGUUUGUUAAAGCA